AUGAUUAGAUCGACAACGGCUGUCUUCGUGUUAGCCUACGCUGUUCUAAGCGGAGCUGCCUCAGCAGACAAGACGGUUUCACUCCCACUUUGGAGUGUGCUUGAAGGCAAGGGGUGCGCUACCAACAUCAGCAUUGGAAGCAACAACGAAGGCGCCACAGUCCUGGUAUACACGAAUGCAGAGCAUCUCUGGAUCAAUCCCAGCUGCGCGACAAAGAAGGAAGGAGCUAGCGAGAAAUGCGAGAGCAGGUCGAGCUAUAGCCCCAAAGAUUCGCAGACGGCCAAAGAGAGUGGAAACCCGGGUGACUGGAUCACGUACAGUAUGUACUAUGACGCGUCGAAUGGGAUUGGUACCGGAAAUGUCGAUGGGAUCCUCGGGACGUCAUAUCAAGAUACUGUUACUGUCGGAGGGAAGACGGUGGAGGGCUUGAGGUUCGGUGUCGCUGAGACUCCCCGGAAUCUGCUUUAUGGAGAACUGAGCAUCACGGCUUCCCAGACAAAAGAAUCAAGUGGCGGAGCUCUCAUCGAUGCCCUUGUGAAUCAAGGACAGAUCAAUAGCAGAGUGUUUAGUCUGCAGGUUCCGGUGGAGGACAGGCAAGGCUCAUUGAUCUUCGGAGGCUUCGACAAAAAGAAAUACAAAUGCCAACUUUCAAACGUACCUUUGAUUAUAGGCUCAACUCCCAGUGAGAGCCCACAGUACCGCACCUUUCUGCACGGCAUCGCCCAAACCCUUCCCAACAAGACCAAGCCAUCUUACACGACUCUGCUCCCGACCACUGGUCUCGAAAUCUCCCUCUCCUCCGAGCUUCUUUACAACGUUCUCCCGGACCCCCUCUUCCUAGCCAUAGGCAACGACUUCCCUCAGGCGACCCUCAUAGACAACCAUCCUUCGAAGCCAGAUCAGCGCCUCUUUAACGUGCCGUGUAAAGACAUCCCCGAGGGAUCCAUUGACUUCAGAUUCGCCGGUCCCACCGUUACCGACAACGACAAAGCUGAGGAGGAUGGCGAUGACCACAAGAACGGCAACAACAAUGAGGCCAACUGGAUAUCCAUCCCCUACAAAGACUUCAUCAUCACCGACGACAAGGGCACCUGCUGGCUCAGAAUGGUGACGAGGAAGGAUCAGGGGCCUGCACUCAGCCAAUCAUUUUUUAGAAGCGCGUACACGGUUUUCGAUAUUGACAACGGGCAGGUAUGGAUGGGGCAGGCCGAUGACUGUGGAAGUGAAGUUGUGGAGGUUGGGAAGGGGGAAAGUGCUGUUGGAGUGGCUGAGGGGUGUAACUGCGACAAGAGGGACGGAAGGCAGAAGCCGAAGGUGGGGAGUGCGGUAAGGGUGGGUAAAAGGAAAAUGGAUCUGUGGUUGAUUGUGCUGCUGGUUUGGCUGUUGACGGUUAUGGAUUAUUCAUAG